UGACUCAAACUUUCAUAAAUACCACAAAGAAAAGAUGAAAUAUACUUUUAUCUCUGUGCCAGCUCUAGGAGAUAAACAAAAUACCUACUUGAAUAUCAAAGGGAAAUUGACUGAAUAUGCCCAAGUCUACAAACUGAACAUUCCUGAAUUCAAGAUUGGCACUUUAGAUGCCUUGGUUCUUUUAUCGGAUGACCUUGUUAAAUAUGAUACAGUUUUUGAGCAGUCAGUAAAUAAGACCGCAGAUAUGCUUAGCACAUUAUUGAAGGGACAAAAGGUCAGCCUUCAAGAUCAAUUAUUGGUGAACGACAAGACUAUCGAUCAAUAUAUCUCUACCUUUCAAUGGAAUACCAUGAAGUAUCGUACAGACAAGUCUUUACAAGAAACCACUGCAACUUUAAGUCAAGAAGUUACAGCUAUUGAUAACGUUAUGAAAACCAAAUUAAACAUAUAUACCCAGAAUAAGAAUGCACUUCAAACUUUACAGCGUAAACAAACGGGUAACUUGUCUGUUCGUAACUUGAAUGGUAUUGUCAAGAAGCAACACUGUGUCUUGAAUUCAGAAUUCUUGAUCACGAUUAUUGUUGCCGUACCUAAAUCUCUUUACAAGCAAUGGAACAAUACAUAUGAAACUUUAACCUCUAUGGUUGUCCCUCGUUCCUCAGUUAAGAUUGCAGAAGAUGAGGAAUUUGGUUUGUUUACUGUCACCGUGUUCAAAAAGAUAGCCGAUGAAUUCUGUCACAAAGCCAGGGAAGAAAGAUUCAUUCCGCGCGAUUUUACUUACGACGAAGGUGCUCUACAAACGCAGCAACGUGAAUUAGAAGAGGCUUCUGCCACAGAACGCGAGCAACAAGCCGAGCUAUUGCGUUUAUGUAAAACCAAUUUUAGCGAGACGUUUGCUGCAUGGUUACAUUUGAAAGCACUUCGUGUGUUUGUUGAAUCUGUGCUUCGUUAUGGCUUGCCGCCUGAUUUUUGCUCGGUUGCUAUUGCUGCUCAACCGAAAUUUGAAAAGAAGGUGGAUGACACGAUGGUGGCCCAAUAUGGUCGCUUGGGAGGCGUUCAUGGUCAGGCGAUGAUGAAGAAUGAUCAUCAUGAGGAAUUAUUAGAUCAUGAUUUACAGUCUGUCAAUGAUAGUAGCUAUCGACCUUACGUUCAAUUCGAGCUUCAAUUUGAGUAUGAACGUAGAUAGAAAACCAACCGAACGAAAACGAAAGACAUAGCAAGGACCAUUACCUGUUAUUCAAAUUUCACAUUUACAAAUAUAACCGAAUGAAUUAAGGAAUUGGGAAAAGCAAUAAAUCAUUUAUUUAAGAG